AUGAUAAGCCAAUGCGGCUUUGGGCGUUUCUUGUUGGAGAUUUCGCGAUGUAACAGUAAGUGGUGGAUUCGAAGGAAUUAUUCUCUAACAAGACCGGUGGAGAAAUUUAUUGAAUAUUACGAAGAAGUGAUUGGCUUGACGGAUGUUAAGAAAGCUCAAGCUGAAGUUAUUGAGUUUGAAGAAAAAUUAAAUAUUGCUCAAAAAGAACGUCGCGAGAAACAAAUCGAAUUAAAAGCGAUUCAAACUCGUUUAAAGGAUAUUCAUAGCGAAUUAGAUAGGACGGCGCGUGGUGAAGAUAGGUAUUUACUAUUAUUAACUGAAGAACAUUCAGCAAUAAAAAAGGAACGACUAUUAUGUGAACAAUUUGAAAUGUCAGAAUCACUUGAAAGAGAUGCUUUUCAGAAUUUAUCGAAUAAAGUUAGGCUUAGUCACGAAAAAGAACGCGAAAGAGGUGAAAGGACGAAAUACUGGUCAAUUUCUGCAUCGCUUAUUGGAGCAUUACUCGGAGUUAUUGGUACGACAUUAGCUUCAGAAAUAAGAAUGCGAAAAAUUAGAGAAAUGAUUCCCUCAGCUUCUCAAUUAUCACCAUUGCUUAAUCAAAUGGCAUCACUUGUUAAUAAGCAAAGCUCAGAGGUUUCCUUAUUCAUAAACGACGUUCGUACCUUGAUGAAUUUCAAACAAACUCCAAAAUUAGAAGUAGACCUACCAUCAAAGAAUGAAACAGCUGAAUUAAUUAUUGAAAAAAUCAACGAGCAAAACGAGUUAUUAUCGAAAGAAAUGGACGAUUUAAAACGGUUAAUAGCUGUUGAUAAAGGCGCUAGCUCCGAUGCAGUAGUAUAUGUUGGAAAUGAUAUGGAAAUACUUUUAAAUAAAACGGAAAAGAAUCUCGAAUCGAAAUUAAAAUUGCAAGUUCUUCUUGCAACAGUUUGUCUUUAUGCAGCAAUAAGCGUUUCAAUUCCAUUAAUAGCUGCCAUUUUUCGUGGUAGUUAG